UUUAGAUUUUUGUUUAUGAAUAAUAAUCUUAGCAUUAAGAUUAAUUUCUAUAGAGUAUUUUUAACAUAUUUUUAAUAAUGUAUGUGUAUCGUGUAGCUGUUUUAUGCUCCUUUUUUGGCUGGUAGGUACUGGAAGAUUAAAACAUAAGAAAACAAAAAUUCAAAAUUCAACAGUUUCUUUCCACUUUCAAAAUCCUGAUCCACUUUUUGAAAUGUAGAAGAAGAGACAGAGAACAAACACAUCACAAACUUUACCUCUCUUUUCCCUCCACUCCACUUUCUUUUGUCUCAUCUUCUCCUUGCUAUUGCACCCUUUUGUUUUUUUUUGCACCCCUCAAUAAAUUUCAUUUUCAAAAAGUGUUUUUACCAUGAAAGUUUGCAUCUUUAACAAAAUUUCGUGGUUUUCUCAUUCUUUCUGUUAAUGGGUUUGAUCUUCCUUUGUUGAAAUUUGUAUUUUUACAAGGUUUCACUUUUGGGUUGACACGGAAGGAAAGUUCGGUGAAAGUGGUAGCUAUGGUUGCUGAAGCUUGGUUUUUGAAGAUGGGUAACCAGGUAAGUGCAAAUUUCAAACAAGCCCUUGUUUUAGAAUCUUGUUCUAGUAGUAAAAAACAUGUUCCUAAAAAGCAUGUUAAUAAGAAAGUGGUAGAAACCAUAGGGAUUCUUUCUUUUGAAGUAGCUAAUGUAAUGUCCAAAACUAUUCACCUUUAUAAAUCAUUGUCUGAUUCUGAGAUCACAAAGCUGAGGAAUGAGAUCUUGAGCUCAGAGGGUGUUAGGAAAUUGGUUUCAUCUGAAGAGGGUUAUUUACUUGAGCUUGUUAAAGGUGAGAAGCUUGAUGAGUUGAACCGUGUUGCUGGUGUGGUUUCUAGGUUAGGGAAGAAGUGUUCUGUGCCUGCUUUGCAAGGGUUUGAGCAUGUGUAUGGUGAUAUUGCUAGUGGUGUUAUAGAUGUGAAGGAGUUAGGGUUCUUAGUUAAGCAUAUGGAGGGAAUGGUGAGGAAAAUGGAUAGGUAUGUGAGUGCUACUAGGGGGUUGUAUAGUAAAAUGGGGGUGUUGAAUGAAUUGGAGCAAACUGUGAAGAAGUUUCGGAAUGAUAACCGGAAUGAGGAGAGUAUAAGGGGUUUUGAGCAGAGACUCGUUUGGCAGAAGCAAGAUGUGAGGCAUCUCAAAGAGAUUUCGCUAUGGAAUCAGAGUUUUGAUAAGGUUGUUGAGUUGUUGGCUAGGACGGUUUGUACCUUGUAUGCUAGAAUCUGUAUGAUCUUCAGCGAAUCUACGGAGAAGAAGUAUAGUCUCGGGUUUGGUAAUUUUGAAGGUUCGCCACUCGUGCGAAAUGAAUGUAGAUCCGCGUCCGGUUUGAUUAAUGUUGAUGUGAAUUUGGAGAAGUUGAAACGUAAUAUUAGCAAGAAAAAUGGUUUUCAUUUGAAUUCAAUCGGGAGAAACGGUUGCAGUAGAACUCAUAUAGAUGUAAAGAGAGGUGAGUUAGCUUAUGUUCAACUUGAAGAUUUUGGCUUUCCUUGUGGAACAAGUCCUGGGAGACUUUUCAUGGAAUGUCUCAGUUUAAGUAGCUCAGUUUCAGCGUUCGAUGAUUUUGACGACGUUGUUAUCGACCGUGAGGAUCAAUACAGUUGUUUGUCAAGCUCUCAAAGUCCUAUUGGGAUUGGGAGUAUUGUCAAGAAAAAGGAGCAAUUGUGCUCAACCGUCGGUCCGAACAGUGGAUCAUCUGUUAUUUAUGCUCCUCCUUCUACUCUUGGAGGCUGUGCUCUAGCAUUGCAUUAUGCGAAUAUCAUUAUUGUUAUUGAGAAAUUACUUAGCUUUCCGCAUUUAAUCGGCGAGGAAGCUAGAGAUGAUCUAUAUAAGAUGCUGCCAACUAGCUUAAGGUUAUCUUUGAAGGCCAAACUUAAGAUCUAUGUCAAGGAUUUGGCCAUAUAUGAUGCCCCUCUUGCACAUGAAUGGAAGGCGACUCUUGACGGGAUACUUCGGUGGCUUUCUCCGCUUGCUCAUAAUAUGAUGAAAUGGCAAAGUGAGAGGAAUUUCGAGCAACGCGAAAUAGUUAGCCGGACGAACGUGCUGCUAUUUCAGACAUUGUAUUUUGCUGAUAAGUGUAAGACGGAGGAAGCUAUAUGCGAACUUCUUCUAGGAAUGAAUUACAUAUGUCGCUAUGAACAACAACAGAACGCGUUACUUGGUUGUGCAAGCAGUUUCAAUUUUGAAGAUAUAAUGAAAUGGAAAUUGCAGCGCGGUACUUCGUUACUUGAUUGAAUACAUUCUAGACAUUGUAAUCCUCAAUGUGGUGAUAACGAGUUAGGAUUCUCUUCAUUUCUCUCAAGAACUCUCCAUUUAUUGAGUAAUGGAGAGAAUCCCUACCCUUUGAUGACAUAGUUUUUUGAUACCACAUGGAAUUAAUUACUUUGUUUAUUGAUGAUUAAUGUCAUUUUUAUAAAAUGUUCAAAAAUAUUCAUACUGAACUUCUAAUUCAGUUUCUGUGAAACUUGCUUGUUGCUUAGAGUAUGCUUUGUUAGAGGUAUUACAGUGUAUAACACAGAGAAGUAAUAUUGAUUUGAUGUCA